UUACAUGGUGUGGGCGUGAUCAUGUUCUCUAGCUGUCAGAAAGUGAGCGCCCAGUUCCACAGAGCCGAGUAGCACUGUCGGUAUACCGGGGCUUAUUUCUGCUCUUCAAUUCAGAUUACUUACGGUAGCCAGCUACAUCUAGACCUCACGAAGGAGCAAGGACACGAAAGAGGAGCUAUCCCUCCGUCCGUUCGUGACCUGAACCGAGCCCGGCCAUGGACGAACAGGCAGGGCCCGGCGUUUUCUUCAACAACAACUCGAUUUUAGCGGGCGGUGGGAAGGUACUGCUGCCGGAGGGGGACGCAGGGGAGGCGGCGAGGGCUCCUUACAGUAUCCCGGGGAUCUUACACUUCCUGCAACACGAAUGGGCCCGCUUCGAGUUGGAGAGGGCACAAUGGGAGGUGGAGCGCGUCGAAUUGCAGGCUCAGAUAGCGUUCCUCCAGGGCGAGAGGAAGGGCCAGGAGAACCUGAAGAAGGAUCUGGUGAGGAGGAUUAAGAUGCUGGAGUACGCCCUCAAACAGGAGAGGGCCAAGAACCACAAGUUAAAAUAUGGAACAGAGUUGAACCAAGGAGACAUGAAACCUCCCAGCUAUGACUCUGAUGAGGUGAAGGACAAUGAGACCCCUGGCUCUCUGAACAACCAGCUGUCCUGGAAACAAGGCCGUCAGCUCCUCAGACAGUAUCUUCAGGAGGUGGGCUACACAGACACCAUCCUGGAUGUGAAGUCUCACAGGGUGCAAGCCCUGCUGGGUCUGGCUGGAGACGGAGGGGGGAGACCUGGGGAGAGGACCGGGUCAGAGCCCCCUCUGGUCAACGGGACAGACACCUCACCUAAAGGCACCGGCACUGGAGGGCGGAAGACCGAGGCGUCUGAGUCCAGUGCUGUGCUGGACACCUUCAGGUUCUGCUAUGAUGAAGAUGAAGAUAGUGCAGGGUUGGACCGGACUAUCAUGGACCAGACUGGGCCUACAGGGACAAUCGUGAGGAAGAAGCCAACAUCGUCAUCAUCACCAGCCCUGUCCCCCAGUAUGGACACGAGUGAGGACCCGGACACAGAGGACGCACUGAAAGGCUUCGACUUCCUGUCUAGCCCUGACAGUAUGGACACAUCGCCUGAGUCCCGCAGCGCUGGGGACGGGACCGACUGGGACGGGGAGGAGCAGACUGCCAUGUCAGAGUCCUGGGACGUGGACCAGGGUCUGAUAACCAAACUCAAGGAGGAGUACAGGAAGGAGCGCAAGGGGGAAAAGGGGGGAAAGAGACCUAACAGGUCUAAGCUCCAGGACAUGCUGGCCAACCUGAGGGACCAGGAGGACAUGAGUCCCAGAGAGCCCUCCUCUUCCCCCCAGGCCCGCUCCAAUGCCCCCAGGCUCAACGAGCAUCACAAGGACAACCGCACGGACGAAGUGGAGGCGUUGACGUCCCCUCCCUCCUCAGGAAAGUCCUUCAUAAUGGGUCCUGAUGAGAACAUGGCGGCUGAUCUGGGACUGGGGGAGCUGGCUGGUCUUACGGUAUCCAACGAGGCCGAUAGCUUGGGAUACGACAUCUCCAACAACCAGGAUGCCCUGAGGAGGACGUGGAACCCUAAGUUCACCCUGCGGAGCCACUUCGACGGGAUCCGAGGUCUGGCGUUCCACCCCGUAGAACCGGUUCUAGUCACCGCCUCAGAGGACCACACGCUGAAGAUGUGGAACCUGCAGAAGACUGCCCCCACCAAGAAGAGUGCCUCUCUUGACGUGGAACCCAUCUACACGUUCAGGGCCCACCAGGGUGCAGUGCUGUGUGUAGUGAUGAGCAGUACAGGAGAGCAAUGUUUCAGUGGAGGGGUGGACGGGACCAUUCAGAGCUGGAACACCCCUAACCCUAAUGUAGACCCAUACGACUCAUACGAGCCGUCUGUCCUGCGGGGGGCGCUGUGCGGUCAUACUGACUCAGUGUGGGGUCUGGUCUACAGUAGUGUUCAUCAGAGACUCCUGUCUUGCUCUGGAGACGGCACCGUCAGGCUGUGGGACGCCUCCAAUACCAAGCCGGCCCUGGCCACCUUCCACAAUAAAGGGUUUGGCGUGCCGUCCUCAGUGGACCUGGUCUGCAGUGACCCCGCCUACAUGGUGACAUCAUUCACCAGCGGUCAGAUUGGCCUGUUCAACAUGGAGACACAGCAACUGGUGCUCAACCUGGAGUCCACUGCAGAGACGGGUACCCCCUGUCAGAUCAACAGGGUGCUGAGCCACCCCACCCUCCCCAUCACGAUCACCGCUGAAGAGGACAGGCACAUCAAGUUCUUCGACAACAACACAGGAAAGCUGAUCCACUCGAUGGUGGCCCACCUGGAGGCAGUUACCAGUCUAGCUGUCGACCCCAACGGACUCUAUCUGAUGUCUGGCAGUCAUGACUGUUCUAUUCGUCUGUGGAACCUGGAGACUAAGACGUGUAUCCAGGAGUUUACAGCUCACAGGAAGAAGAAUGAUGAGUCUAUCCAUGACGUGGCCUUCCACCCCUCUAAGGCUUACAUCGCCUCCGCCGGGGCAGACGCUCUCGCCAAGGUGUUCGUAUGACGAGGACCUAUCACAGCCCACCGACACAGCCUCCCAGCACCAGGGAUCAAUAGACACACAGGAGGGGCGGGACCUUAAGAAAUGGGCGUGUGGGGUUCCACGCAGACUUCCCCUCUCACGCUACUGGUUCCCUGUUUUGACUGGCGGAUGAUGCAGCCAAUAGCCACUACCAAGACCCAGACUAGGCCCGCCUCCAGAGGGAGAGGGCCAGGGCUGUGGUUGGCUGGGAGGUCUGUUAGGAAAACACCGAUUGGGCACAAGGCUUCCUCCUCCCUGUACAGUCCAGGCAGGCCCCUGGGUGUGACCGGAAACAGAGCCCCUCCUCUUUCUCCAAGCUGCAGCCAAUGAACACCCACACAGACUGACUACAGUCUACAGACCACAGACUGAUACUAUGGUCUUCAGACUAAUCUUCCCUUCACAGCUAGCGAGGGGGUUGAAGACAGACGGACGGGGGUUUUAUAGUGUAGACUCACUGGGGAGGUGGAGCACCAUGCCCUAAACCCCCCUAACCCUACCCUCUCCCCAUUAACCAGAACCCCAGGCCCCCAUUUCCCCAGUCUCUAGGUCCAGGCUUCUCCUCUCAGACCAGGGUGGACUGUCUGCUUCCUGGUCCCUCCUCUCCUUCUCCUCCAGGUCAGGUUCAGUGUUGUGUUGUGAUGGAGAUGUGGGGUACUUACUGAAGACUGGCUGCGGCUGACUGUCAGGGAUGGAAGCAUCUCGCUUUUCCCCUCUGCUUCCAAGGCUGACUCUGUCUCCCCAGUCUCCCCCGUGUCUGCCCUGUCCCCCCUUGUCUCUCCCGUGUCUCCCUGUGUCUCUCCCCUGUG